AUGUUUGGAGGCAACGAUUACACAAGAUUUCUGACGGAUCAAGGUUUAGCCUCUCCCAGUGCUUCUAAUCGUCACGGUCCCUCCGGUUCUAACAAUAUAAACCCCGGUUUUCACAAUAACCGCCGUGUAACCUCGCAACCCCUGCAUGUGACGCCUCCUUCUAAUACGCCUUCACCAUCUCAUUCGCAUGGUGGCACUGCGCCGAACCCUGACAUUACUGCAUCUCAACCCGCGCGUUCCUCCUCUACAGUCAUGUUUGACCAAGACUCAUCUGUUGCGGCUACUAAGCUUAAAGGUGAUGAGGCAAAGCCACGGUGGAUUGAUCCUCAAGUAUGGGUUGGUCUUGUUAGGUAUUGGCUUGAUCCAAAAUCAGAAAUCAAGAGCAACCACAGUCGGAAUGCUCGCUAUCAUGAUCUAGAUGGCACCAGAAUAUACAAGCACCGUUCAGGCCAAACGUCGUUUAAAGUCCGUGCUCGAAAGCAUUCUGAGAUCACUGGUGAGCUAACUCCGGAUUUCCUACGAAUCUUAGAAGACACUCAUCGAAAACCGGAUGGCUCAUUUACUGAUGGCAAGUCCGAGUCCGUGUUCAAUGAGGUGUCAUCCAAGAUUCAAGAGUUGGAAUCUGAGCUGUGUACAUGGGAUAAUGGAGAGAGUUCUGCUUCUGGUGGGGUGCCCAUUCAUAUCAAAAACAAAAUUUACACUGAAGUUGCUCCGAAGAAGAAAAACAGGAUUUUUGGGGUUGGUUCGCUGCAGUUUGAAGCGUCCUCUAGCAGUAGCGGUCCACCACCUCUGUCUCCAAUGAUCUGGUUAUAUUGGCUCAGAAACUUGCUGCAGCUGAGGAGUUUAUCCAAACCCAGACACAAAGAAUGCAUAGCUACGAUGCAUACUUCGACUACCUCGCCGAAAAAGAUCCUGAGUUUGCUGCGAAGUUUCGGAACCCGACAACCCAACAAGCGACCAACCUAGAAGGCACCAACCCAGAGGGCACUAUCCCAGAUGGCACCAACCCAGAUGGCAACACCGGUGAAACGGGAGCAACUGGUAGCCAAACUGAGACCAGAAACAUGACCUCUCUCUCUCAAUCCUUUUAAAAACUCUUUUUUUGCUGACUAUAUCCCCUGUGAGGGAAAA